UGACAUCGCCUACAGGUGCGAUCGGGGAUUUCUAUUGGAGACAGAAAUUGCUUCAAUCUUCAUACUGUUAUUUCUUUGAUAUUGUAAUUUAUCCACGGUCCUUGCCAUACGUCCCAACGAUUCCGAAUAGCACUAGCCAUUUAUUCACCAUCUUGGUGAAGUUUUAAUAUUUUGACAAAGGUGAAAGAGAUUGACCCGGAACAACAUAGCCAAGUAGCCGGAAAGAGGUUACAGAAAUAGUAGUUUGCAAAAAAGAGGGAUGUAUCCAGCUAGAUUGGACCUGAAUAGCUAACGUUGUAAAACUAUUAAUCUACGUUUAGAGUUUAUGUUUUGUAGAAUGACAGGCCAAGAAUAAGUUUUUCCUGUCCGCAUUGGCUGGCUAGCUUGUGAGCUAGCUAGCAUAAUACCUCCCACCGAUACGGGUUCUACGGGAAAUGGUCGUCGUUCUCAUGUGCCCAUGGAGAAGGCGGUCUUUGAGGGGUGGCUGGAGUCAGUCUCCGCCUCUUUCCUCUCGCUUAGUGACCAGCAGCGCAACCAGUCCCUGGACCAGCUCAUCUCGCUGAGUAAUGCUGUCCAGCUCCGGCACCUGUCCAAUGGGCUGGAGGCGCUGCUUAAGAGGGACUUCCUGCGCCUGUUGCCCCUGGAGCUCACUUUCUACCUGUUGCGGUGGCUGGACCCGCAGACCCUGCUUACCUGCUGCCUGGUGUGCAAGCAGUGGAACAAGGUGAUCAGUGCGUGCACGGAGGUGUGGCAGGGCGUGUGUCGGGACCUGGGCUGGCGCAUCGACGACUCCAUCCAGGAUGCGUCCCACUGGAAGGGUGUCUACCUCAAGGCCAAGCUGCGCAUGAUGCAGCUGAAGAACCAGGAGGCGUUUGAGACGUCGUCGCUCAUCGGGCACAGUGCGCGCGUCUACGCCCUCUACUACAAGGACGGCCUUCUUUGCACAGGCUCUGAUGACCUUUCUGCCAAACUGUGGGACGUACGCACCGGGCAGUGCAUCUACGGCAUUCAGACGCACACCUGCGCCACGGUGAAGUUUGAUGAGCAGAAGCUGGUGACUGGUUCCUUUGACAACACCAUUGCCUGUUGGGAGUGGAGCACGGGGGCAAAGAUCCAGCAGUUCCGUGGGCACACGGGUGCAGUGUUUAGCGUGGACUACAAUGAUGAUCUGGACACACUGGUGAGCGGCUCGGCCGACUUCUCUGUGAAGGUGUGGGCGCUGUCGGCAGGUGCCUGCCUCAACACCCUGACGGGACACACCGAGUGGGUCACCAAGGUGAUUCUCCAGAAGAGUGAAGUAGAGUCCAUGGUCCACUGUCCUGGCGACUACAUCCUGUUGAGUGCUGAUAAAUUUGAAAUAAAGGUUUGGCCUAUAGGCAGGGAAAUCAACUGCAAGUGCUUGAAGACCCUGUCCGUGUCAGAGGACCGCGGUGUGUGUCUGCAGCCUCGCCUGCAGUUUGAUGGCCGCUACAUUGUCUGUAGCUCGGAUCUGGGGGUCUACCAGUGGGACUUUGCCAGCUUUGAUAUCCUCAGGGUCAUCAAAACGCAGGACCCUGCCAACCUCUCCCUGCUCAGCUUUGGUGAGGUGUUCUCACUCCUCUUUGACACCGACUUCCUGUAUGUCAUGGAUCUGAGGACAGAAAAAAUAACUGGCCGCUGGCCCCUGCCCGCCUACAGGAAGUCCAAACGAGGCUCCAGCUUCCUGCCGGGAGUCACCUCCUGGCUCAAUGGGCUGGAUGGGAGAAAUGACUCUGGCCUCGUGUUCGCCACCAGCAUGCCCGAUCAUAGCAUUCACUUGGUUCUGUGGAAGGAAAACACCACUAGAGGUGAAACCUACGAUGGCUAGGUUGUCAACUGCCAUGUAAACGGGGUGCUCUGACUUGAAACCCAUAGCCAAGUUAGAUAAUGCAUGGACCAAAGUGUUAAUGUUUUUUCUACCUUUUCUUUCUCAACACAUGCUCUCAUAAUCAAACAUCAUGCAACGUGCUUUCAGAAAGACUAUUGGAGAUGGUUUCACCAACUGAAACGCUGCUAUGAAUACAAGGGGAUGAAAGGCCCAGUUCAGAGGGCAAAGGCAGCGGUUGGUGUUAGUUCCAACCCUGCCAUGGGUUCUCUCUUGAAGGAAAUACGACGACUGGGAGGGUGGCUGAAUGAAAACGGAACUCUCGAAAAACUGCGUGGUCAUGUCAGGCUCUACAGCUGUAGAUAUUUCCCCUGUAUUACUAUGUAUUGGGACCUUUACACUUCGGACAGGGUUCUUCAAGCAGCUCAGACGGGGAGUUGCCUUAACACAGUACUACUUUACAAUGAAAUACAUUAUGACUGUGUCCUAGGUUUUUCAUAGACUGUGACCAACCAUCCCCAUGAGUUCCAUGUUGACAUUUUCAAAGUGGUUUAGUGCAUUGGAUUUGUACAAUGUGAAGCGUUUGUUGGAUAUUCAGUGUAACUCCAUCGUUUGAUAAUGCUUUUCUUAGUGGUGCUUGUUUUAAAAGUCAACUUGAGAAAUUUAGUCGUGCCUUUUUCGUUUGAUUUAAAUAUCCAUCUGUGUGAUAAGAAUUCCAUUACGCAGGCACACUGCAAUAACAUGACUGCGUUGUACAUUUUAUUUCAUACUAUAACAAACUGCAUACAAUGUAUUUCUAAUACCACUAUUUACCCUACAUGAUUCACUAGAAUAUAUUUUGUGAAUUGCAGUAUUUGAAGUAUAGACCAAGUUCAGUUCCAGGUUAUUUUUCUAAAAGGCUUUGAGGUUGGAAGUUUUCACAAUGUAAUGAUUUGAAAGUGGACAAUUCCACUUUGUUACAGCCUGAAUUUUAAAUGGAUUCAAUUGAUAUUUUGUCACUGGCCUACAUAAUUUGACUUUAACGUUAUGGGGUAUUUUAUGUUUACACCACAAAGACCAGGUUUUUUUUCUUUUUUAAAGACAUUGAAUUUCCCUAAGCAUGGUGUAGUUGACACUUUAGAUGGUGUAUCAAUACACCCAGUUACUACAAAGACACAGGCAUCCUUCCUGACUCAGUUGCUGGAGAGGAAGGAAACCGCUCAGGGAUUUCACCAUGAGGCCAAUGGUGACGUUUAAAACAGUUACACAGUUGAUUGGCUGUGAUAGAACACUGAGGAUGGAUCACCAACAUUGUAGUUACUACACCAUACUAAUCUAAUUAACAGAAGGGAAAAUAAGGAAGCCUGUACAGAAUAAAAAUACUCUAAAACACGCAACAUGUUUGCAACAAGGCACUAAAUGAAUACUGCAAAAAAUUGGUAAGCAAUUCACUUUCUCUCCCAAAUACAAAGUUAUGUUUGGGACAAAUCCAAUACAACACCUUACUGAGUACCACUAUCCAUAAUUUCAAGCAUAGUGGUGGCUGCAUCAUGUUAUGGGUAUGCUUGAA